AUGCCUCUCUCGGCCGGGCAGCUGUCUUGCCUGGAGGUGCUGAAGGACGCCUACAGGGCCGUCGGCCCGCCGCCCGCUGGGCUUGGUGAUGCCGCGAGAGCCUUCAGGGAACUCUGCGGCGCCCGCGUCGGCUAUGCCUUCGAAGCCGAAGCCGCGGGCCUUCCAUCUCCGUGCCGUGCGGGUUCCGUCCCGCUGCCUCCGGUCUCUUCUAAGCCCGUGGAGCUCUCCAAAGUGCUCGACGGCCAGGAGCUCGAGAUGUGGGGUUCAGGGCAGAGGAGGCGGUUUGCGCGCGUGAGCGCGCCCUUCGCCCUGAUGUUCUCGGGCUCGGCCUGGGUGAUCUUCGCUGUCGCCCCGCCUUUCGCUGCGCUGCUGGCGCUCAACCUUGGGGGGGGGUCGGCUGCUCGACGAGGUUCCAGCUUCGGCAGUGGCUGUUUCGGGCUGGAAGGGCGGCCGGCACCCGGCCGCGUUGACUCCGACAGACUCGCCAGCGCUGACCAGCAGAUGCUCGGGCGGAGGGGCGAGCGGAGAGUCGCGUGCCAGCAGCUGCGCGACGAGAUCGAGCUCGCUGUCCUGCGCUCCUGCGACCUCGGCCAGGGCGGCGACUCGGACAGCGACUGCGAGUCCGCCUCUGGCUCAGCAGGCCCAGACCCUGUCAGCGCGGUCAGCGGCGGAGGGUUCGACGGCGUCGAGGAGGUAGCCGAGUCCCUGCAACCCCUGGGCCUGAGCGGGGUGGGUUACGCGGGGCUGCCUGCGGACGCUGAAGGCGCCGAGGCGCCCCCGGGCUCCGCCCGCUUGUCGCCCGACCCGGUCGCGGGCCACGGCGUGCCCGGUAACGUAGGGGGGGCCGGCCCUCGAUCCGACCUCGCUGAGACGGUCGGCCCCCCGGGCGAGGCCGCCUCAGCACAGCGCGCGCAUGGCUGCGCUCGGGGCCCGGGUCAGACGCUCUUCCCUGCCGCCCCGGCGCUCGAGCAGCGCGCGAGGGCUGAGGUGGCGCGCGCCAAGCGGGGGGGCCGCGACGGCGGUGUAUUCCUGGAACUUUGGGCGGGCGGCAAGCGGAUGGCCGGCCGCGUGCGGCUUCUGGGCGGUGCCGGAGUCGCCCUGGAGAUUGCCGAUUGCCCGCUGCAGGGUGCGAGCUUCUCAGGCGCCCGCGCCCCCCUGCUGGCGCGGUUCCGCCAGGGGCUCAUUGGCGGCGCGUGGCUCGGGGGCGACCUGGAGGGCCGCUUCGAGCGCCAGACUGCCUCUGGGGACAUCCCGACGCCAUGCGGCGGCCAGCCGACCAAGCCAGAAUUCAGGUCGGCAGUUCAGCGGCAAAGUUCGCCCUGGCCAUCGUCCUGCGUCUCGUGCCGCGUGGCGGCGAUUCUCGAGAAUCCCGCCGGCUCCAUGCUGUGGGCGCUCCCGCGGCUGAGCUCGCUCUGCCGCAAGGCCCGCGGCGCACAGGUCAUCCUGGACUACUGCCAGUGCGGUGCCACCUUCCGCAGGCGGGCCCGGUUGCAGGGCUGGCGCGCCAACGACCUCGGAGUGCUGAAGCGAAUGCGCCGUGACAGAGGAGGUCUCUGCUCUCGGGCCGACCGCCCCCGCGUGGUGCUGGAGGGCUCCAAGCUGACGAGUGCCGCCGCUGCAUCUGUCCCGGGCUUCGCGAUGCAUGGCGCCAGAGUGCUGUUCGAAUCUGUGCAGAACGCAAACUUGGAUGCGAUCCACGUGGGGAGCCUCAUGCACGAGGUCGGUCACGUUGAGCAGCAGCGGCAGGACCUAGCGGCGGGGUUGCCGUGGGCUCCACGAAGCAGCGCGCAUGCCAUGGCCACAGGCCGGCGGCGCGGAGCUCCGCUCGCGCACGCGGCGGCGAGCGCAGGCAGGCUCGUGCCUCGUGCCAUCGGGCAUGGCGUGGUGCGGUGGGCCGGCGAGCAGCUUCCGAGGCUGGAGCUCGGCAGGAGUAACUACCUGGUGUCGGCUGGCGACGGCCCUCACGACCCCGUGGUCGGCUACGCGCCCUACGACUUAGGCAGCGUCCUGCACUGCGCCAGCGGCGACGACUUUGACAUGAUCCCCGCACAGUGCGAGGACGCGAGAGUUUUGUCUGGGACGGGCUGGGGCUGGAGAGAGUGCGCUUCCACCGCCACCGCCUGCGGCGACGCCUGCGGCGACGCCGUGGCGACCAUGGAGCGCCUUCUGACCCUCGGGCCUUCGAACCAGCUCAGGCCGCCCGUGCGGCCACCGAUCUCCCUCGACGGGCGUCGGCGCGUGGCCACAAGCGAUGGCCCCGUCGGGGCGAUGAGGUCGGCUGUGGAGUCGUUAUGGUCGCGCGUCCAGUCGAAGCACCCAUCGACGUGCGACCCCGAGAUCGUCCAGCAGGAGUGCGACCGGAUCAGCGCCGAGGACCUGGCGAGCAUUUUGCGCCUGCCUGAACGAGCGGUGAACGGCUUCUACGACGAGGCGGGCCUCGCGGGCGCGAGCGCUGGGGAGCCCACGUGCCAGGAUGUCUGCAAGGCUGCCCUACAGGCAGUGCCAGCGCGGAAUCGCCCUCCGCUGCACUACGUUGCCGCGCAGCAGGUCACAUCGGCGGGCGACAUAGAGUGGGCGGUCGACCUCACCCCGAUCGACCUGCGCGCGCCGAGCCGGCGGGCCCCGUCCCAGGAGGGCGGCGGCUCCAGGCCCGACGAGGAACAUGAUGUGGACGACGUUCAUGCUAUUCCGGAUCCCCGUGCCGGCGCUCAGGCAAUGCCUUCGCUUGAUCGACAGGACACAGUCUCGACCCUUGAAGUCGCGACCCGGGUCUGCGAGAUGUUCCGCCUGUACCCGUGGACGGAGCCGGCAGUGACGAGCAGCUUUCUCGACGAGGUUGGGAACGCCACCCGGUACAACUCCGACGGCUCGCCGAUCCCAGAUCUCGACGGGAUGUUUAUGGAUUGUACGACGACGUGCAAUGGCCUGGCUCAUGCGAAUAAUUGCAGGUGGAAUUUCCCCAACGCCUACUUCCCGUGCUGCCGCUGCUGGAGGAAGCGGGACUGGAAUGCAGAAAUGAACAUGCUCUGGGGCCAUGCGAAAUCCGCGGUGAUGUAUGCUGUCUGGCGCCUGCCAUCUCUCGAAGCGGCAAAGGAGCGGUUGGUUCCGAGAUUCUUCGGCUUCGAGUACACCAGAUCUGUCGGCUGGUUUCCCACUGAAGAAAAGAGGAGGGCCGUGGCGAACACCGAGAUGCUCGAUUGGUGGGUGCAAUACCUAUGGUGGAAGAUCAAUGAUGAAAGUGUGGUGUUUUGCUAUGAUGCGGCAAUGAGCCCGCCUGGGCAUUCGUGGGGCUUAGGACUGUACGUCCAGGAAGGACUGUACGUCCAGGAAGGCCUGCUGGGAGUCUGUCCAGAGGUCCCCGCAUGCAGCGGUAGGUCGGAGUUCACCUACCAGUUCGAGCUGGAUGGCCUCGACAUAGAGCAGGUCGAGAUGAUGAACAAGGCGUUUGAGGCAAAGAAGGCUGCAAUGACGAACAUGGCCAAGCGCCACAAGGAGCUCAAG